ACACACCUCCACUUAUAAGGGUGUUUCGCCCCCCCCCAAUAUAUGAAAAAGGUUGCUGAUGUCGAGGCUCUUCCUCUCAGCUCCCACACAACCAACUCUGAGGGGUUAUUGAGUGAGAAAUAUGGGAGGAAGCAACAAAAGGAAGUACCCCGAGGGGUUCAAACUGCUGGGCUUCUUUCAUUCUUACUGAUGUUUGUAUGUAUGCUCAGUCAUUUAAUUGUCCAAAUUGCGUCGUACAACGGGUAUACCUUUGAUGGAGCACUAUUUUGGACUAUGAGAUUGUUUUGGAUUAGUUUCUAUGCUUUUAUCACUACUUUAUUAUUAAUUCGCUACCGGGAUGAACUCCAUAUGGCAACGCCAAUCUGUAGAUAGUAUAUGUUACUGAACACCAUUAUUUAUUUCUUCAAUUACAUUCAUUACAACUCACCCUGAAAGUCACUACUCUCAACAUUAUAUAAUAGAUGUCACGAGCAACGUACGUGAUAUGACAAUAAAUAAUUUAGUAUUGUAUAUAUCUAUAAUUCUAUAUGACGAUCUAUAAAACAUGUCUCUCAUUGGAGAAUGAUAUCCCCAAGACAAGUC